CAGUGUUGGCCCGGGUUCACAAUGUUCCACAAAAUGGGUGAAAGUAUCACGUCUCGCUUCAUGACGUGAUGUGCCCAUGUGCCAUGUAUAAAGAAGCUAGAAGAUGGAAACGGCCAGGAAAGCUGCCAUUGAAACGCUUAUCCCAACCUCAUCGAGCUGUAAGUGACACGAGAUGGCAGUUUUGUUUGUGACCCUGUUGCUCGCUCUACUCUCUGCUUGCGCUGCACGGCCUGGCUAUGACCAUAAUUCGAAGCCCUACGCGGCGGCCAUUCAAGCUCGGCAGCUGGCCGCGAACUCCACCUCCUCACUACAGGUCGAUCUAGGUUACGAGGUUUAUCAAGGAACGUUCAAUAGCACCUCCGAUUUGAACCUGUGGAAAGGUAUUCGGUAUGCGGCUCCUCCCACGGGUUCGAAUAGGUGGCAAGCCCCAGUGGCGCCACAGCAGAACAGAUCCUCAGUCGUAAGUGCCAGCAACUAUGGCCCAAUCUGCCCUCAAGGUCCGGAUGCCAGUACUAGCUUGGUCGCCGUCAAUCAGACCGGAGCGAGCGAAGAUUGUCUCUUUCUGAACGUCUAUUCCCCGAGUAAUGCAACUUCUCCAUUACCGGUGCUGGUAUGGAUUCAUGGUGGUGGUUAUGGAGCGGGCAACGGAAGAGAAGACCUCUCGCAAAUCAUCAACGCCAGUGGCAACAACUUUGUUGCGGUUGCUAUUCAGUACAGGUUGGCAGCAUUCGGCUUUUUAUCGUCCGACGAGGUAUAUCGCAACGGUGUGGUGAAUGCCGGGCUUCUUGACCAGCAUUUCGCUUUGAAUUGGGUACAGUCUUACAUCUCGCUAUUCGGGGGCAAUAGCUCCCAAGUCACCAUCUCAGGAGAAAGCGCUGGCGGCGGAUCAGUCAUGCUUCAAGACAUGGCCUUUGGUGGCAGCCAGGGGUCCUCGUUGUUUGUGAACACGAUUGCCGCCUCACCAUAUCUUCCCAUGCAAUACGGGUACAAGGAUUGGCUACCAUCACAAUCCUACUAUGCCUUUGCCACGCAUGCUGGCUGCGGCCCCAGCCAUCCCUACGGCGCGGGAUCUCAAACAAUUUUUGACUGUCUGGUCAGCAAAGACACCAACACGCUCAUCAAUGCUAGUGCAACGAUUUCGGAGUCCGGGAACUAUGGAACUUGGGCUUUCCUGCCCGUGACGGAUGGCAUCUUUGUGCAAGAUCUCCCAAGCAAGCAGCUCUUACGGAAAAAAGUGAACGGCCAGAACGCCCUGAUAGGUAAUAACGCCGAAGAGGGCACCAUCUUCACCCCUCAAAAUAUCACUACGGAGAGUGGCCUGGUCGCAUGGUUGCAAAUUACAUUCCCUCUCUUCACAAACGACGACAUUGCAAAGAUUUUGUUGUACUAUCCCAGCUCCAAUGCCUCCGAUACUCCCAAGGCUCCGCACUUUGCGACAUCGGGAGAUGCAGGUCCGAGUGCACUGAAUGAAAGCUCAUUAGAUACUGGCCAACAGCAGAGAGCUUCAAAUAUCUAUGCCGAAACGACCUUUGUGUGCCCGUCUUACUGGAUGGCGGAGGCGUACAGCGAUCGCGGCAGAACGUCGUACAAAUAUCAGUUCUCAGUGCCACCAGCAUUGCAUGGAACCGAUGUGACUGCGUACUUUGGCCCAGCUGCUGCCAAUAUCGGACCUGAUCUAGCGCUUGCGUUCAGGAAAAUCUGGGGCAAUUUCAUCACGACAAACAACCCCAGCAUCCCAGGAAGCGUCGCAAAUGGCGCGAGCGCUAGCAACAGCACCUCAUCGAAUGCUGCAGCCAACUGGCCCCCUUUCACGAUCUAUGCUCCUUACCAGAUCGAUUUGAACCAGACUGGUGGGACACCUUUCCUCGAAAUUACUUCGUCAUACAAUAUCACUGAAUAUGGCGAGCCUGGCUUGCAGAACAACAUAUCUCUGGUCAAUGCCUGGACCUGGGAGGCCGGGCGAGGCUACAGGUGUGACUUCUGGCGAAGCGUCGCUGCCAUUGUGCCUGAAUAAGCAGGGAAACGAGUGAAAGGUACCAGGUAUGGAGGAGAAGUAUUUCUGAUAUUAUAGUCGUAGUCGUAGGCCUAUCUCAC